AUGGCGGAAAGAUCCUGCGGCCUAGGUAUUGUGGCGGAGCCGUACAGGGUGCCCAGUAAAAACUGGGUACAGAGUACAGACGGCCUCGCUGCAAUCACAAGGAGGAAUACGCCCGACUCCCCUCCCCUAAACCUUAUUGGGGCACACAAGGGGAUCGUGACGGCUUCCUGGGGGCCCAUCAUAGUGAUUAGUGUAUAUCUCCCGCCGAGUCUGAAAAACGAAGACUUCGGCGGGAGAUUGCGAAUCCUGGAGAGGGAGAUCGCCCGACAUCACCCCAAACCAGUAAUAAUCGCGGGGGACUUCAACGCCAAAUCAACGGCGUGGGGUUCCCCGCGCACCGACUGGCGGGGUAAUGAGGUCGAAGAGUGGGCGGCGCAAUGCGACCUUGUGCUCCUCAACGAGGGGAGCGUACAGACAUGUGUGCGCUGGCAGGGCGGGUCAAUCGUUGAUCUUACGUGGAUGACCCGCCCUGCGGCAAGGAUGGCACAGAGGUGGAGAGUGGCGGCGGAGGUCGAAACAUUGUCUGAUCAUAAAUACAUUGAGAUCUCCGUCGCCAUGACCACCAAAGAGGUCGCAGAGCGUCGCCGAAUAAGAGAGGCGAACUUCAGGAGGUGGGCCCUCAGGAAGCUAGAUGAGGACAUGCUCAUGGCGGCGUUAAUCGCCGCCAUGAUAACGAAGGAAGAGGGGACUGGGAACUUGGAAGAACACAAGGCAUGCCUAACAAACGUCGUACUUCAGGCGUGCGACGCGGCCAUGCCCAGGGUUAAAACCCGGUCCCCUAAACACGCGUAUUGGUGGUCGGAGGACAUCGCCGAGCUGAGGCGGUCCUCCGACCACGCAAGAAGAAACGUCAAGAGGAAGGCGAAGCACGCGCUACUGGACCCUGAAGGACUGGAGGACGCGUGGGAUGCGUACAAAGAAAGAAGAAACGCCCUGCGCGCCUCCAUCCGAUAG